CCAGAGCUUAGCGUCUCAGUCAUGUAAACAAGUAACCUGAGAAAGGUCUAUCCGUGCUGUUGUCAGGUUUUUCUGGGGGGGUUUUCUUCACAAAAUGCUUUUUAGAAAUUGAUCUAUGUGGAGAAGACAGAAUUACAUUGGCGUUCUACAUCAUGUGUAAGAAAAGGAUUGCUGAGGGGUGGUGAUAAAAGCUGGAGGUUUACCUACUGUGUCUCAGGUGAUGGAUGUGACACUUGGAGAUAAGGUUCUGGCUUCUCUAGAAGAUCUGAAGCAAUAUGACUUCGAACGAUUUAAGGACAAGUUGUCAGAUUUCUUCUAUGAAGACAUACCUCCUAUUCCAUGUGGACAUUUGGAAAAAGCAGACUAUGUGGCUACAAAGAACCGACUCAUAGACGUUUAUGGAAAAGAGUCAGUUCUGGAUGUGACCAUUCGAGUCUUAAAUCUGAUCAACCUGAAGGGACAUGCAGAGAAACUCGAGAUGAGCAGAGAGAAUGUGCAGAAGUUGCGGAGAACAAAGCUGGAAGAUUUCAGAACAAAAUACAUGGAGCAUAUGAAGAAUAAAUACCAUGUUUUUGAAGAUGGAAAUGCCCGUAUUGGGGAGAUUGUUCAUCUACAGUUGAGGUACACCAGCCUUCUGUUCAGAAACAAACAUCAGAAUGAAGAAGAGAGAGAACAUGAAAUAACAGCUGCAGGCUGGAGGCAUCUACAGAUUAUGGAGCAAAGAUCUUCAGAAGACUAUUCCCCAACUAACAUCCAUAGCCUGUUCGACCCCGAUAAAGGCGGGAGCGUCUCGAAGUCUGUGGUGAUACAAGGACCCGCUGGAUUUGGAAAGACCAUGACCACUCAGAAGAUCAUGCUGGAUUGGGCAUCUGAAAACCUCUAUCGGGACAGGUUUAAAUUUGUGUUUUACAUGAGCUGUCGAGAACUCAACACCGUCACUGGUGACAACAGCCUGGCCGGGCUCAUGCGUAAAAUAUGCGACUUCAAGUGUAACCAAGAUCUGCUUAAAUCUGUCUUUGAAGAUUCUGAAAGGAUUCUCUUUAUCAUUGAUGGCUUUGAUGAAUUGAAGUUGUCCAUAAAUGAUGCUGAGCUCUGCGAAGACCCUUUCCAGGUCACCACCAAAGACAUCCUUCUGAACAGUCUACUACGGCAACGAUAUCUUAGAGAAGCCUCGAUGAUCAUCACCACAAGACCAUACUCAUUGACGGAGCUGAAGAACCUGGUGAAAUAUCCACGAUAUGUGGAAAUUCUGGGGUUUACAGGGAAAGACCGAAAGAAAUAUUUCUAUAACUUCUUUGAAACAAAAGAAAAGGCAGACCUGGCUCUCGGUAUAAUAAAGGACAACGAUACUCUAUUCACCAUGUGUGUGGUGCCCAUAAUUUGCUGUAUUAUAUGUACUCUCAUGAAUCAGCAAAUGGAACAUGGAAUGACAGUGGCCGAUUGCAAGACAUCCACAGCAAUUUACCUGUUCUACCUGAAGAGUUUAAUAAAGUAUCACGGCAGGGGCAUCAACAAAUCAACAAACAGCUCUAUAAAGAAGCUGUGUGCUGUAGCCAAUGAAGGGAUUUGGGAACAGAAGUUCCUAUUUGAGGAAGAAGAUCUGAAGAGACACGGACUCUCAAUGACCGAACCCGAGUCUACAUUUCUGAAUGAGAACAUCUUCCAAAGGGGAGUUGAGACCCAAACAUCCUACAGCUUCAUCCACCUGAGUGUCCAGGAGUUCUUUGCGGCUCUCCAUUACCUGCUGGAAGACACAUCAGUCACUGGGAGAAUCUUUCCACGGACCAGUGAAAUGAAUCGUUUCCUGCAGGAAUUAUGUCGCAAACCACAAUUCGAAUUAACGGCGCAAUUUCUUUUUGGCCUCUCAAAUGGCAAAAACAUUCAGGAGAUUGAGAGAUGUCUUGGUUGUAAAGUUUCGCUAAGGGAUAAAUCGCCUUUAGAAGAUUGGUUGAAGAAGCCUCGACAAUUUUACGACAACUUAAGUCUUAAAUGUUUGUAUGAGGUGCAAGAUGAAGACUUGGUGGAGAGAAUCAUGCCUCACUAUUUGCGUGUGGAAGUACACCACCGGUCCUUGUUUUUCUCUACACCUUUCAUUAGUUACUGGAAAUUAUCUUACUGCUUGAUGAACAGUAAAAGUGUGCAUGAAAUUAAGCUUCAUGAAUAUGACAUUGCGCCCGAAGCGCGAGAAGCUUUAGCUCCAGCUCUCGGCAAGUGCUCAAAGAUUUUUUUCGAGGGGUGCUUUCCUCAGACAAUGGGAACGGAGGAAAUAUCCUGCAUCUCCGGCUUAUUCAAAUCAUGCCGUAGAAUUCAGGAAUUGGAGUUGCGUUUAUGUGGUCUAACUUCAUCUUGUUGCGAUGAGCUGUGCUCUGUCAUUCGUAAUAACCGAUCUCUGAUCAAACUGGAUCUGAGGUGGAAUAAACUGCAGGAUUGCGGAGUAAAAGUUCUGUGCCAGGAACUCAAACAACGGGAAUGUUCCCUGCAGGAGCUGAGUUUGCGAGGCUGUGACCUGACCUCAUCCUGCUGUGGUGACCUCCGCUCUGUUGUCAUUACAAACCGCUCUCUGAUCAAACUGGACCUGGCGUGUAACCAGUUGCAAGACCAUGGAAUAGAGAUUCUAUGCCAAGGGCUCAGAUAUGUGGGUUGUACUCUGCAGGAGCUAUGGUUGAGGACGUUUGCCCUGAGCUGCCUUCAUGGUGCAAAUGUACCAAUGCUCACACUGGAUCUCACUAACAAUAAUCAGCAGGACUGUGGUGUAACACUGGUGUCAGAGGGAUUCAGACAACGUUCCCGUACACUGCAUGAGCAGAGGGUCUGUGAUGGAGAGGAGACACAGAAACGGAGCAGCAUAAAGACACACGUACAUUCUAUCACACGACGAUUUUCACUAGUGAUUAAACGGAACCCGAAGACGACAUCAUAGGAGGCACUACCUCUCAUCACAAUACAUGAUCAGUUUAUUGUAUACUAGUUGUUCUAUCCGUUCUUCACACGGGAGUUUCUGAUUUUCACGGUUGUAAAUAUAAAUGUGUAAAAAUUUUGGUACAUCUAUAGAGAUGUAAAAUUUAGACAUCUUAAUGUAAGUAAAUAUUAAUCUAUGGUUCUUGGCGUUACCCGAGGAGCACCCGUAGCAGAUACGGUAAAAAGUGACAGGACCAUUUUUGUACUCUAUUAAAUUCCACACGCUGGAGGUGCAAUCCAAAUUUACAUCCGAUUGUCCAUUUGGACGUUAUCGUUCACACAACGCAAGCCACGCAUCGGUAAUGACGUCACUAUCGCAACCCCGUUUUCAUCCCCUUGGGGGAGGUUUAUUAAAAUUCUAAUGACGUCGUUUUCCUAUUUCCCACCUGCAGAAUACCGAUGUUACAUUUCAUCUUCCUAACAUAUCGGGAAAUAAGAGAAUUAGUGAUCAGUCAGUGAGUGAGUGAGGGCUUUCACAUUUAUAUAUAAAGAUGAAAACUAAUGUUGGUACAUAUCAACAAAGUCACAGUAAAGUUUAGGAAGCUUGUCUUAUAUACUUGUUUGUCUUUUACCUUUAUGAAAUAGUUAUCUGCAAUAAACAGUGCUUUUUUACUGAUUUA